CUAGAACCUAUUGAAAUACACUUCCAAACAUUUGAAUUACAGCCAGUUACAGGCCACAAAUAUUCCUUAACUCUUAUUUAAAUUACAUUUUCUUUUGCUACACCAAAAAACGUUACAAAAUGCCCUGCAGAAUCAACGAUACGGACUCGGGUUCCACACGUUUUCAGCCGAGUGUAAGAAUUGGCAAUUGGUUAGAGGACACGUGUCUGGAGGAAGACAAAAUAGUAAACUUUAAGAUACAACACGAUAAGGGUGAACUUCUUGUGGUUAAGGCACGCAAACUGUAUGAUAAUUUCCUCAAACCUAUUGUCCUGGCUGCCCCCAAACAGAACAUCAUAUUCGGGGAUGUGGUGCAGCUGAUGCCAUUUACCAUGGGCAUCGAGGGUCUAAACUCUAGUGAUUUUAAUCCCGCUCUAUCGCUGGUGCUCAACGAGAAGUUGGUUUAUCGCAGUCAAACGAUCAACGAGGACUGUGAGUUGUCGGUGGCAGCCUCUGGGCAUCCUUGUGUCCGGAACUCCUUUCGCAUUGUCAGCGGAGACGAUCGUGAUCGUACGGGGCAGAAUAUAAAGUAUGGCCAGAGAUUCCAGCUGCAGUGCAUGUCCGAUGAAGAUGAUCCCAUUGUACUGUACAGCGGACCCAAGCGGUGCAACCUGCAGCAGGGCAUCAAUGCCAGCUAUAUGUCGCAUAAUCAUGGCGAACUGAAUCUCAACUUGGGGCUAGUUCAGCGCAGUAAAUGUUCUUGUCCCAACUCUGAUGUUCCUAUGGCUUAUACCAACUGGUUUUGCAUUCACGUUAACCCAAAGCUACGCUUUGAAAGCGAAGGCGAAGAUAUACCCAGUAACUCCCCCUUGGUGAUUGUCCAUGCCACGACCAAUAGAAAUCUGGCUGCCGAAAAUGUUAUGGUGCCAACUCUGUUUGGCACAGAAUUCCUGGUUUCCGUUCAAAAUUAUCGCAAUAUUUUCAAGUAUGAAACCUGGAAGAAUGUCUGGAUUAUAAGCAAUGGACAUGCAGCUGGUGGAUCCAAGAAAUCCGAUGCUCACUGAUUUUUAGGAACAAAAACUACAAACAAAAAAGGCCAUGGCAAUUUAAUGCGCGUUGAACUUGAUUUUUAUUUGGCUAAAAUUUAAAUUUCGCACAUGAAAUCGUGUCGGGCCGAGCCCCUGUAGUUUGGCCUAGUUACAAAUUAGCAAUUACUAAGCAAUUUGAAAAAUAACUUUAAGUAGAGCGGUACCUUAAAGUGUUUUAAUGUGAGUUAAAUAAUUAGUUGGGUGUGAAAUAUA